AUGUCGGACAAGACAUCAAGCGAUGGUCGAACCUUAGAAGACACUCUACUGUCGUAUUUUGAUGUUUUCCACAGUAGGAACAUGGUAUGCCGAGAUCUUCUAUUUCCUCUUGUCGAUGUGCUGAUGGACUACGAAGCUCACAAUAUUAGGAAAGAACUCGACACGUGGAUAAAACAGAUCAAAUCAUCAGCUAGAAGAAUAUUUCAUUGCCCGUGGUGUUCAUGUUUGUUUGAAAAUCCUGUCACUCUAACAUGUGGUCAUACGGUUUGUCAGGAAUGCCUCCGAAGAAAAUCGGAGUUGAUCGGUGGAGACAGUUCGGAGAGGUCGUUAAAUUUCUGCCUUCUCUGUGGAAAUAAUUUAUUCAAUGAGGGAAGUCGGUCAGUGAAUAGUAUCUUGUCCGAUAUAAUUAGAAAACUGUUCCCCGACGGAGGGAUAAGCGCGGAAGCAAAGAAGCUCGGCCAAAGUCAGUUAUUUUCACAUUGUGCCAAGAAAGCAGUGGAAACGUUUUCAGUCGCUCUCCACUCGAGACCAAAAGAUUAUGAAUGCCUCUGUCUGCGGAGUGAUGCCUACUUAAAAUUAAAGCUGCACUAUUUAGCACUUAGAGAUGCUAACAGUGCUUGCCAGUUACGACCAGAUUUGCCAGAUGCUUUUCACAGAAAAGCGAAAAUUUUAACCGAAAUAAAAUCAUUGGACGAUGCAGUCUUGCAGUUUCUUCGCUGUGCUGCCCUGAAUCCAACCAUGCCUCGUCGCGACGAGUUAACUGAAAGUUUAUUUAGACUGUUUACCUCGGUAACUUUGACGAAACUUGAGGAAAAGGUUGCUGCUAGAAAUAUUGCAAGUAACACUGCUGCAGAUGAACUUCAAGAAGUAAAAUCAGAAACGGACAUUGCUGAAAGCUCGAGUUCCUCAGAGGAAGAAAGCAGCGAUGACCAAGGGAUUGCUCAAAACAGCUGCGAGGAGAUUAUCGUUAUCGAAGUAACUGAGUUACAGUGUCUCAUUUGUGGACGUUUACUUUUUUACCCUGUGACAGUCCAGUGUGGUCACACCUUUUGCAAGGAGUGCAUCAAGGAAAGUCUUGAGUAUGCACCUAAGUGUCCAAGCUGUGGAACAAUCUUGACUGAUUCAAAAACCAAUAACUGGAAUUUAACCUUGGUUUUGGAUGAAUUGCUGAGAAUUUAUCUAGAGAAGCCAUACCGUGAGAGAGAACAAUCUCACUCAAAGGAAAUGACGAUGUGGACAAGGUAAGAUUACUAAAGUCAUCACUUUUUUUUUCCUUUGGGGUGGGGUGGAGGGGGGGUGGGAAAUAAUAAAAAGAAUACCCGUCACGCUGUCUGACCUCCAAAAUAUAAUUGUUGAGUGAAUAGGCAAUCAACACUGACAUUUGAAUAGAAAUUGCACAUGCCUACUUUUCCAGAGUCCACAUUUAGUCUCUUUCCGAACUGAGGCUCACCUGUCGAUUUUCCCUCUCUGUUUUUGGCCCGACCGACCGACACACUCUCUCGAAAGGGAAAGGGGUGACCUUACGUUCAAAUAAUUACAAUUAACACUUCAUGUGUCAGUUGAUAGUUACUUUAUUAAGAACUUCAAAGCCAUAGGGGGUCGUAUAUCAUUGGCAUGUUUACUUUCCCUUAACUGCCUCUGGAUCCGGUUCAGUAGUUCGGAUCGUGCUCCACCGAUUCUCAGAAGCCUUUGUGCCAAACUUUUGUUUCUGGUGACUAUUGUUUAUUUUGUGCAACUUAAAGGGUGUCUGUGUUCCUUCAGUGAACCUAAGUGCCCUAUGACAACCGACGUUUUGUUUAUGUACCAUUUUCUCUUGGAUACUCUAAUGUACCAUUUUAGGUUUUUCAUUAUCUUUUCAGGUCCGGAAAUUUAAUGCCGGUUAUUUUACUCAUAACAGGAGUUUGUUUAUAACUCCAGCAAAUAUUACCCUCUUUGUUUUGGGCGUCAAUCAAACCUCCUGUUCGUCAACCUUGAAAUGUUGUGUAGUCUGCCCUGAGAAAGCUCACUGAUCGCCUGUCUCAAAUAAAAUCAGUGGAUCUUUACCGUUCGCUUGACAUUUCUAUGCCAGAUUUCUUAGAGACCAUUUCAUCAAAGUUGGCAGGGAUGAGUGAGUAAAGGGGUUUUUGUCGCGGUACAAAGUUCCGCUUGCUUCGCACGUACCAAUAUCCCAUGUUAUCAUAGGUUGGGUUUUUAAAUCAAUUCCUGAUGAAGACUUAUAAUUUCAUUCUUCAAGGAGAAAAAAGUUAUUUGAUAUUCGAUGAAUACUUAAGAAUCUCAAUGAUUUUAGCGUAAGGGGCCUUACGCUAAAAUGUGUCUCGCGGUAGUGCUGAAGUUAUUUUCUCCAAGAAACCCUCGAAUGCAAGAUUAGAAAAACGUCUCGUAAGAUUAUGGCGGUAUUUAUUAUCGGACUAGAUCAAUGUGAUAGCAGUGAUUGGCAUUUUUGCUUGCCCUUAUUUCGCCUCUCCUCGAAGGAGUUCUUUUCAUUUGGUAAGCUUUAUAAAGUUCACUUGAUUACAGACAUUCAAAUUACUUCAUUUUUUUUUCUUUUCAGGGUAGGUAUUGAUCAGAAUGUAGAGGUGCCAAUACUGGUUUGUACCAUAGUAAUUCCACAGGGGAGAAUACGUCUUACGCUGUCUCAUCCCUCCCACCGAGUCAUGGUGCGACGUUCUGUUGAAUGGGGUUCCCGAAUGUUUGGAAUAUGUUUGCCUGACGAAGAGAAAGGCUUCACCGAUCAUGGAACAAUAGUCGAGAUACAGGCUACCGAAAGCUUCCCAACCGGAAAGUUGGUGGUACAAGCAAUUCCCAAACAACGAUUCCGUGUUGUUACGAGAAAUAUUUCGGAUGGUUGCCCCAAAGCUAAAGUGGAAUGGUUGGAAGACGCAAGAAUCGAUGACUACCAUGCGGUACUGCAUUUGAAAUGGCGCAACUCGUUAAGCCAUUACAUGCUGAAGAGAUGGCUGGCUGCAUUACCUCAUGACGAGAAAGUUUGCCUUGAGAACUCUUUAGGACCUAUUCCCCCAUCCGAUAGUCAUUUGCUUCUAUCACCAAAUGGUUCCCCCUGGCUGUGGUGGUCCUUGGCAGCAAUACCAAUUUCAGCGCAAGAGAAACUAAGGAUACUGCUUAUGCCUCGCGUAGCUGACAGAUUACAGAGUAUUCAAGACCAUCUCGAAGCCUUGCUGAAAUCGAACAACGAUCGGGAUGGAAGAAAUGUGACGGAAGAAUCUACCGAUGGUUGUCACGCCUUGACCAUUUGA